AUGGCCUAUUUUCUCUACUUCCUGGCGCUAUUUGUCGGCGUCUGCGGAACCGCGCUGUACCUCACUCGGUCCCGAUGGCUGCCGCUACUCCCUGUCCCUGAUCAUAUAUACCAGCGCCUUCCAUCCAGCUUCACUGGGGAUCUAGACGCUGGCUUAACAUCGUCCGCGUUCGAUCUUAACGCUAAUAUCGAGAGCGGUGAUCAGAGGGCGGGACUGGAUGCUCGGGGAAAACGCGAGGUCUUGAAUAUCAUGAGACGCCAAAAGGUCGACUUUGAUGAAGCACGUCGGAUCUACACUGAGCAGCGAUUCGCCAAAAACAACAUCGGUCCUGAUGGCCGGCCCAGGGACCCGAAAUUCGUGUCGUUUUCGUGA